AUGUCCACUUUUUUUCUCAGCGUACCUGAUUCUGAAUCGACUCAUCAACGAGAAAGAAGGAAGAGCGAUGGCUGCAUCGUGCAGGCAUUUGUGUCUAAUGGCCUACGCUCGAAAGAGAAGUUCAAGCGUAGUCGUGAUAAUCGAGACCCUAGCGCAGACAAAAGUACCGAAAGGGACGGAAAGCAUAAACGCUUUCGACUCUUUCCAAGCCAGUUGGAUAGCAAUCUUAUAGAGUGUCUAAGAAGAAAUUACGAGUUAGUUACUGCUCUAGCCGAUAUCGAGAGUCCUGAGGACCGACCUGCUACCCCUAAAAAAAUGAAGGGUCCAAUCCCUCGAAUUGAGACGGAUGACUCUCCACGUCCUCUCAUUAUCCGUCAGCACAACCCAUGUAAGUACAAUGAGUAUGAGAGCUCUUCUAUCUCUUCCGCAGAGUCAGCCGGUGGAUCGGAAGACAUGCCAUGCUCCCGUUGGGUCUGGCUGAAGCGAGAGAUUCGCUUCUUUCUUCUAGACGUUGUCGAAGCAUUAGAAACCCCUGGAGAAACCAUACCUUCCAACAACGUUGAAAAUUCAAAGCUCUCUGCUAUUGCCUUAAAAAGAGACUUGAAACGAUGCUAUUCAGCUCUGCAUCCUUUCAUAGAAGUAGCAGCUGCCCUCUACGAUUUGCUCUUGUGGAAAAGUCCAAUUUCAACACUUCUCCUCACUUUGGUUUAUUUCUUUUCUAUAAUUCGUGGCUGGACUGCAUCUCUAGUACUUCUCUUAUUACUCUUUCAAUUAUCGCUCAAUUAUCUACAUUCCGUUAAGAACAUCGAUAUAGGACUUUCAUUUUUGCCUAAAAAAGAAGUUCCAUUGCCUCGUUUUGAUAUUUCUGGUGCACAGCUUAUUUUCGAUAUAGCUAAGGUUGCCCAGCAACUUCUACGAUUCAGUGCCGAUUUUCUCGAGAAAUUACACAACUUGUUGACUUGGAAAGAAGAACGGGUAACAUGGAAAUUCUAUUACCUAGUCAUCUACUGGCUAGUCUUAUCGAUGGUCUUUAAUACGGGAACUUGUCUAGGGAUGUGUGGUCUUGCUCUUGGAAUCAGAAUCUUUGUCACGACCUACUUGUUCGAUCGUUUCCCAAGACUUCGUUUCCGAUUAGAUACUUUCGGCUGGUUCUAUAGAAAUUUGCCUAUCAAAAAUCCGCAGUCCCCUGUUAACGGUCCAAAAACAGAUGAGGAGAGAUGUAUAACACCUGGAGGUGCUUCUAGUCGUCGUUCUACCAUAUGUGGAGAAAUGUUUACAUCAAGACUUGGCUCCAAUUUCAAUUUGGAUAAAGGCGGCCUAAUUGGCACCCCUACUGUCUCCACAGACACAGAAACAAAUAUUCGGCUGGCUGAGUGCGGCUCAUUCUCACAAAAUUCUUUGUCAGAUGGAAGAGAUGAGAAGGAUGACAGCAGCACGGAGGAAGAUCCCAUGAUCGAUAACGUUGUUGCAUUCCGCAGUUGCGUAAUGAACGAGAAAGACAAACUCUUCCCGAAAGGAAUCAGUACUGGCAUUCUCUACUUGACCGAUGCAGCAUUGAUCUUCCGAUCUAGAGCAACAAAUGAUGAACGACCAAUUAUGUUUUUGUUCCAUGAUAUUGUUUCUGUUAAGAAGAUCCAGUCCUUGAACUCAAUGUCAUUGAUAGCAGGAACUCGGAAAGGAAUAGAAAUUUUGGUAGCUGGUCGCCGGAAACCUCUGCAAUUCAUCGGAAUGGCUCAGAGAGAUCCUUUCGUUUCUCAUAUGGGAGAGAUGUGUUUCAAAUGCCAAGCUAAUACUCACUUCAUCGUUGACUAA